AUGGAGAUAGAAAUGAGUACGUAUACACCAGGUUCCGCUUACCAGCCCCGUGUGCAGCGCGUUAACUAUUCUAUAAUAGGCCUUAGAGAACACCUUCUCGCCGCCGGCGCCGGCCAACAACCUGGCCAACCUGUUCCAACAACCAUACCACCACAAGCUCACAUUCCGCUCGACCCGCAAGGCCCGCUCGACCCCGCGAUCCAGAUGCACUACGCGACUCAACAUCCACAUUCCCCUCUUGACCACACCUCUCUGUCCCCUCCCGCGGACUUCUCACCAGAUGGUCAUGGCAGUCAGAAAGGCCGCCGUGAACUUAGCAGCUCGAAGCGCGCUGCUCAGAACCGCGCCGCUCAGCGCGCCUUCCGCCAACGCAAGGAGGAGUAUAUCCAGAAGCUGAAGGACCAGGUCAAGGACUACGACGCCAUUGCUGCAGAUUACAAGACCCUGAGGGAGGAAAACUACGCGCUGAGGGAUUAUGUGAUCAGUCUGCAGGGAAGGCUGCUUGAGCUUCAGGGAGAGGUUCCUCCGGCGCCGGGGGGCAUAGAUCUGAGCAGGCCGCCACCACUACCGACACACGGGCUCCCGCUUGUGCAUCCGGGUCUUGAUGCGCCAGCGGAGCAGCUCAGGCAGGAGGCCGAGCGAAGAGGACCGGAAGGUGGAGCGGCUGGAACUGCGAUGAGCAACCAUGCUGCAGCGCAACUACAGCAAGCGGCUGCGCUCGCGGCUGCACGGAGCGCGCAGCAGUUGAGCAAUGCACACAAACAUCCACACGAAGAUGGACCGUACACGCAGGCGGGGUAUUCGGAGGCGAAGAAGCAGAAGACGGGGGAUGAAGAUCAGCCGUCCGGAGGUAUACCUUCUUACAGCGCCAUAUUCCCUGCGCCUCCGGAAACUCGUUAA